AUGACGUUCUUUACAAACAGAGAACUGGAGGGCCAUAGACCUCUCAACAUCUUCUUGGUCAACGAGACAGACCACAAGCUCGAGUUCUGCGACCCCAAGUGCGAGUGGGGACAAGAAGGCACGCCCAUGGUGAAGCACGACCGGUACAUGGUGGAGCCCAAUCAGUCGUGCGUCGUUUUUGCUAAGGAGACCAGUCUGCCCCUUCUGGGCACGUCGCCCAUGGGACCCAAGGGCGAGUUCGGCAUGCGCCUGGCCGACUUGCAAGAUGAGAAGUUCACCAUCCGCUACAACCACCCUCCGUUGGGCAAGACGACGGUGGAGGUGAAGUGUCCGCCGGGCUUCGUCUACUUUGUGAGCAACGAGGCGCACCUGCAGCACCCCGACGCCUCCACGGUGAUCCACCUGCUCAGGAGACCCCACACCGCUGAGCUGGCCAAGGAGGAGAAGAUAAAGGGCAAGAAACUCGAGAGGAGGUGA